UGCUUUGUCCGCAAACAUAUUCUCACAUGCGAAGAGACAGUGUCACUGGAUUGUGGCAAAAAUGCGGUUUCAUUUAUUUCUGGUUGUAGUCAUUGCAUGGGAAACUGUUCUUUGUGAUUUUUCUCUGAAUAUGGAACACAGCGUACAGGGUUUUCGAUAUUAUUCUGUUCACAUACCAUGCACCUACGAACCUUCCAAAGACCACAUAGAAGAUGAAGUAUUAUGGUUCCAUAAAGAUAAACAAUUUUUUCAGCGGAUUAACUCAGAGAAUCAUAUUUUACUUGGAGAAUUCAGAGACAGAUUCACAGUGUCCAAAUCUCCACUGGGUGAUGUUUCACUUACAAUUAAUAAUCUUAAAUCCCAUGACGCGGGUGACUAUAUAUGUAGGGUCACCUGGAGGUUACGUUCUGAUUCACAGAAACAGCAGAUUUUGGAAGGAAUAAGCACUCUUACUGUUAAAAGAGGAACUCCACCCAAGGUGGAAAUACCUACUGAGACCACAUCCAAUGAUUUUAUAGAAUUCCCAAUCUCUGAGCAACCGAAGGUGAAAAUAACUACUGAGACUGAACCUGAUUUUGUGACAGGGCCUAGAAAGACUCUCUACAUCCUGUUAAUAGUUGGAUUGGUCAGCCUUCUAGCAAUAAUUAUCCUAAUCGUAGUUUUAACUUCAAGAAUUAAUAGAAAAAAAAGAAUGAACCUGUUGGCUGAGAACAAAGUUGACAUAGAUGACAUAGAUGAAUGUCACGCAUGUGCCAGUCAACCUUCUAGAACCAUGAAUGAUUAUGAACCAUGCAAGGAGCAGUCUGAAUACCAGGGCAUAACUGGAACACUCAAUAAUGAAUAUGAGCCACUUCGACUAGAAUAA